AUGUCAUUUUUCUACUGGUGCACGACACCAGAAUCUGCAUGCAAAAGUCUUCGACCACGGCAGGACUCGAACCUACAAUCUUCGGUUCCGAAGACCGACGCGUUAUCCAUUACGCUACGUGGCCUUGAGGACCGGCCCCAAGGCGAAGCUGUUCAUAGGGUUGCGAUGUUCUUCUCUAUUGUCAAUGUUCUUUCGGUGUCAUUGUAUUAA